AUGAAUCCGCUGAGAUACCAUGGGGGUAUAGAGCCAUUGAAGGCAGAAGCAUGGGUUCUUGAAAUGGAGAAGUUAUUUGAAGUCUUUCCUAGUAUCGAUACCCAGAAGGUGUCAUUGGUAGCAUUCACACUGGACGACGAUGCUCGUAGGUGGUGGAUGAUGAUCCGAGAAGGUAAUCCGGGCUUGACUUGGGCUAGAUUUUUGGAGUUAUUUCAUGACAAGCAUUUUUCCCUUAGUGUUCAAGAUUGCAAGACCAUAGAAUUCCAGACUUUGACACAGUUGGCUAGAUAUGCACCUCACACUGCCAAUACCGAAUGUAGAAAAGCUAAGAAGUUUGAGAGUGGGCUUCGUGGACUGAUACAAGACUGGGUUAAUAUGCUCAACAUGCUGACUUACGUUGAAGUAUUGGACAAAGCCAUCUUGGCAAAAGCUAACUUGAAUAGAUAUCAAAGUUUAGGAGAUAAUCAGAGAAAGAGGCAGAAUUAUGACAACUGCUGA